CUCCCGCCUGGCGGAGCCGCAGCAGCCGGCAGGGGAGGAGAGAGGCGGCCGGGAGGAGGAGGAGGAGGAGGCAGCGCCGCGAGUGCUCGCGUAGCUCCGGGUUACUCUUACUCACUGCUGGAAGGUGGGGGAGGGUGCACUCGUGUACCUUUUCCUCCCGUGCCUUUUCUCACUUUACCAAGCUGGGGCCAAUCACCGCCAGAAAGGAACAAAGGGACGGGGGGAGGGAAGCCCACCCCAGCCACAGCCGCCGCCAGCAAGCCCCCGGGGAGGCAGAGCCCCGCGGCUCCCGCUGACAGCACCGAGGACCCGGCCCGAGCGCCUGGCACCGCGCUCCUCGCCUGCUGCUGUUGCUGCUUCGUCCUUCUCCUCCUCCUCCUGCUCCUCGCCGAGUUUAAAAGGGGAGCAGCGGCCGGCCGGCAGAAACUUGGCUCAGCGGGCGGCUGCGCGGCGAGUCCGGCGGCAGCGGCGGCUCGGUCCUCGCCGUCAAGAUGAAAAGUAAAAAAGGUGUAGUUGCAAUAUCAGGCAGCGAAACAGAGGAUGAUGACACUAUGGAUGUCCCCCUGGAUCUUUCCUCAUCUGCUGGCUCAGGCAAACGGAGGAGACGUGGCAACCUGCCCAAGGAGUCUGUCCAGAUUCUUCGGGACUGGCUAUAUGAGCACCGAUACAAUGCUUAUCCUUCAGAGCAAGAAAAAGUGCUGUUAUCCCGGCAAACACACCUUUCCACACUACAGGUCUGCAACUGGUUUAUCAAUGCACGCCGUAGGCUCCUACCUGACAUGCUGAGGAAGGAUGGCAAAGACCCAAACCAGUUCACCAUCUCGCGGCGAGGGACCAAGCUUCCCGAGGGCGGCCUGGUGGAGUCCUCCAUGAGCACAAAGACCUUCAUUCCCCUGCUGGAGGAGAGCGCCUUCCUGCCUGCCGCCGCCGCGCUCAGCAAGACUGUGUCCUCAUCCAAGCCUGCGUCCCCGGGAUCGGUCCUGGCUCGGCCCUCGGUGAUUUGCCACACAACUGUGACUGCAUUGAAAGAUGCCCCUUUCCAUUUUUGCCAGCCAGCUGAUGUAGGCCAGACCACGGACCUGCAGCAGCCCCCAGCCAACGCCUUCACAGACAGCUCCCUCUCCUACCACGAGGACGCCUCUAAACUGGGACCUGGUGCGAACGCGCAAAGUGGGCUCUUUAACACUCCUCCUCCAACCCCACCAGACCUUAACCAGGAUUUCAGUGGAUUCCAGCUACUGGUGGAUGUUGCACUCAAAAGGGCGGCAGAGAUGGAGUUGCAGGCAAAACUUAUGGCCUAAAUCCCCUUCCCUCUCUUUCCCCAUCUUUUUUUUUUUUUUUUUUUUUUUUUUUUUCCAGGCAGGGAUCUAACAGCUGUGUGGUUAUUGCCACCCACACAAUAUCAAGAGACUUAACUGCAUUAUUAUUAUUUUUUUUAUUAAUCUUAUUUGCACAAGGGAUUGCUGAAAUGAAGCUUCCUGUCACUGAGAUGGUCUUCAGUGGAAUACGGUCAUUCCAAGAUUACAAACUUAAAGCUACUGUAGAAAGAAAGGAUUGUGUGUGGUUUUUUUUUUAAUGUUUCCUUUGUAGGUUUUUCAUAAUGUGAGAUGGUUCCCAAGAUCAUGUGAUUUGUUUUUGUUUCUUUCAGACUGUGCAAUAUCUAGUAAUGAUAUAGAGUCUUCUUAUCAUUCCCAUGAGGAACAGAAUAUACCGACACGCUGUCUAAAGUAAAUUUUCAAUUUUUUUUUAACAAUACGAACUUUGGAUGAUUAUGCUUUUUUUCCCAUAAUGUAAUAAAAUAUUUUCUUUAAAAAUGGAUG